GUUGACGUUAAGUUCAACAAAGACAAGAAUCUCACCUAUUCCAUCUCAUAUACUCCAAAGAAAGAAGGACCACACAAGGUAAAGGUGCUGUUCGCUGAUAGAGAAAUUCCUAAGAGCCCAUAUAGGGUCAACGUAGAGGCACAAGCAGGUGAUCCUGGUAAAGUUACAGCAAGUGGACCAGGAUUACAACAAGAAGGAGUUAAAGUUAACAAACCCACUUUCUUUGAUAUAUUCGCAAAGGAUGCUGGACGUGGUGUACCAGAGGUUAUCAUCCUUGAGUCACAGGAUGUCGACUCAAUGAUACCUGUGAAGUUAGUUCAAACCUUAUUUAAUACCUGGAGAUGCGAAUACACCCCUACAAAAGCGGGUUUACACACAAUAAAUGUCUUCUUUGCCGGCAAGUUAAUACCAGGAAGUCCCUUCAGCGUUAACGUGGGCUCGGUAUCAGAUACUAAGAAAUGUAAAGCCUAUGGACGAGGACUGGUACCCAAUGGAGUACGUGUCCAAGACGAUGCAGAGUUCUUUAUCGUCACGAAAGAUGCCGGCGAAGAAGUACCUGGAGUCAAAGUCAUUGGUCCAGGAGGAGUCAGUCAACCUGUACAAAUAACCAAAGUUGACCCGAAAACAUACAAGUGCAAUUAUACACCAACUAAAGAGGGGCGCCAUGUGGUAAUGAUAACAUAUGGUGGGAAAAAUAUUGACAAGUCACCUUUUGAAGUGAAUGUUGGCCCUUAUAUAGAAUUGGCAAUCAGGGCCUUUGGUGCUGGUCUUCAUGGUGGUAUCGUUGAUCAGACAGCAAAGUUCAUUAUUGACACAAAACGGGAAACUUCUGGUCUUGGAUUUGCUAUCGAAGGUCCUUCCAAGGCCAAAAUCUUCUGUCAUGAUAAUGGCGAUGGAACUGCCGUUAUAUCUUAUUUACCAACUGCACCAGGUCGAUACGCAGUUCAUAUACGAUGCAAUAAUGAGGAUAUUCCUAAAUCACCAUAUAUCGCAAAUAUUUUACCAAAAGCUGAUUUUGAUGUUGACAAGGUUGAAGUAUAUGGACCAGGAGUACAAGCAGAAUCUCUACCCAGUGGAAAACAAACGAAUUUUACAGUAGAUGUAAGCAAAGCUGGCCAGGCACCAUUGGAAGUCAUUGUACAAGAUGCUCAUGGAAGAGAUGUUCCAGUUCGACUUGAUGACAAUCACGAUGGUACCGUGCAAUGUCGCUAUACUCCUACAACUGGAUCAAACCAUAUUAUAAUGGUGAUUUAUGGUGGUGUAGACACAAAACACUCUCCCUAUAGAGUGAAAGUAGAAGCACCUUUGAAUCCUGCUAUGAUAUCAGCAUUUGGACCUGGACUCGAAAAAGGAGUCAAGUCAAAUACACCAACGCAUUUUAACGUGGAUUGUCGUGAAGCUGGUCCAGGUGAACUCCGUGCAACCAUAUUAAAUUCAAAAGGAAGGGAAAUUCCUUUAUCACUUACGGACAACCACGAUGGUACAUACACAGUUGCGUAUAUUGUACCUGAACCAGGAUAUUACCAAAUUCAUUUUACUUACGGAGGGCUGAAAGUACCACAGUGUCCACUCACUGUACACGUUCAACCUCAUGUCGAUGUGUCCAAGUUUAAAGUCGAUGGUCUUGCACGAACGGCUCCAGUGAACAGCUUGCAGCAAUUUCGUGUGAUAACGCAAGAUGCGGGGAAAGCAGCAGACUUGCAGGUGUCGAUAACCGCUCCUUCAGGGAACCGUGUGAAGGCUCACGUGGUACCAACUCACGACGGUUACUUGGUUAACUUUACACCGACAGAGCUCGGCGAAUAUCUCUUGGGAAUUAGCUUCGGCGGAGAACCGAUAUCCAAUCAGCCUUAUCGACUGACUUCUGUUCAUGGCUCUGACCCGGGAAAGGUUCGAGCUUCUGGGCCAGGUUUGUCACAUGGCAUAGUGAACAAACCAGCUGAAUUUGUUAUUGACACUCGUGGAGCUGGACAAGGUAGCCUCGGUGUUACCGUGGAAGGCCCCUGUGAGGCUGCUAUUAAUUGUCGAGACAAUGGCGAUGGAACGUGCUCCGUUGCUUAUAUGCCGACAGAAAUUGGCGAUUAUGGUAUCAAUAUUACAUUCAACGAGGAACAUAUUCCUGGCUCACCCUUUCAGGCUAUCGUGGUAAAAGACACCGAUCUGUCGAAGAUAAAGGUCACUGGAAACGGCAUUCAACCAAACGGUCCAUGCGUAAAUCGUGAAACGGAGUUCACAGUGGACGCGCGAGCAGUCGCGAAGACAGAGAACGAUAACGACGAAGUUUCCUGCACGAUUAACGAUCCCAGUGGCGGUAAAAUCGAGAAGAUCGUUGCGCCACAAAGAGACGGAACGUAUCGUGUCAGUUACAUGCCGUUCGAGGAAGGACCCCAUACCAUAGACAUACGUUAUGGCAACGUGCCAAUUCCUGGUUCUCCGUUCUCGGUUAACGUCCAAUACUACAGCGACCCUAGCAAGUGUAAAGCAUACGGACCAGGUUUGGAAGAGGGAUACGUGAAUAAGUUUAACUCAUUCAUCGUAGAGACGAAAGGUGAAGUUCAAGGGUCAAAUAAUAUUGGAAAAAUAAUUUUGAAAUGUUUAGAUGCUGGGAACGGCGGUCUAGCUCUGUUGAUGGAAGGGCCUGGUUACGCAGAAGUAACUUGCAAAGAACGUGACGACGGAUCGUGCACUGUGCAAUAUCUUCCACCAAAGCCUGGUGACUACGAGAUAUCCAUCAAAUUCGCAGAGCAACACAUUCCUGGAUCUCCCUUCCAAGUCCGAGUUGUAAACGAAGCAAGCAACGUGACUACGUAUGGUGACGGCCUAACAACCGCAAGAGAGAAUCUACCAUCGAAAUUCAUAGUAAUUGCCUCGAAAUGCAAGCCAGCUCAGUUGGAUAUCUCGUUGAAGACCGACAAAGGACAAGUUCAGAAGCCAUCGAUUAAAAACUGUGGGAAUGGAUUGUACGAAGUUAUCUAUCAACCACCACCUGCUGGAAGCAAUCUGCAAAUUGGUAUCACUUAUGACGGAGAACAUAUACCAGGCAGUCCUGUGAAAUUGAAGGUUUUGCCGACUGUCGAACCAGAAAAAGUUGUUCUCUCGGGUCCUGGCGUGGCACCUGUUUGUACAGCAUCUUUCCCAGUCGAUUUUAUCGUGGAUACCUCUAAAGCUGGCUAUGGUGACCUCGAAGUUCAAGUAUUGGGUCCAGAUCAAAUGCCGCGUAGGGUUGAAAUUCAGGACCUUAAAGGUGGAAAAUAUAAAGCAACCUAUCUACCUGAUGACUGUGGUCGUUACAAGGUCAAUGUCAAAUAUGGGGAUAAGGAGGUACCAGGAUGUCCUGUGAAUGUUCAAAGCGUUUCCACUGGUAAAGCUGAUCAAUGUAAAAUCAAAGAGGGUAUUCAACGCACCUUGGCCCAAGGUGAAGAGUACUGCAUCACCGUGGACACCGAAAACGCGGGUCGUGGAGCGGUGACCUGUCGUAUACGAUCUACUUCCGGAAGCGAGGUAGUGGACAUCGACAUAGAAGACAACGGGGAUGGCACUGUGAAUAUUUACUAUACCGUGGCUGAUGCUGGUGACUAUACCCUCAGCAUCAAAUUCGGUGGACAACCGAUACCAGAGGGAUUCUACACGUUCACAAAACAAGGUCACAUAGAAAACUAUAUGAUACUCUGA